AGGUGAAACAUCACUAUUUCCGCUAAUUGUACGCGUUUUACUACGAAAAGAGGAACUUUGGCCGCGACAGCGUCGUUCCUUCUUCUGCUACAUGCCUUCAGGAAACCUGGUGCUUUUUGUAUCGGAGGUUUUCGGAGUUUUGAAGGGUUUCGGGCGGUUGAAAGCAGGUUCCUGGUGUAUGGGCCAAGGUUGCAGUUCUGCCUCUGCAAGUGUUACAUAUUCUCGCUGUGCCAUGUCCUCUGACUGUGCGAAGUUUGUCCACACAAAGUCUCGGUCCUCUCCGUACUCGCGGUCCGACUGUAACCGGCAGCUGUUCACAGAUGAGCUGGUGAAAUGGGACGUAGAUUUCCCAGACUACAGACCAGAGGAGUACACGGCUCCGGCAGUCGCCAAGGGACCAGUAUGGGCAGACCUCCGGCAGAUAAGCUGCAAUCGGUCAAGUGGAACCAGGAAGAUGGGAAAGUAAACAGGGUUAGCUUCACAGGGCCGUACCAGAUAGUCAACGGUUUACCAAGGAACCCUAUAGGACGUACAGGGCUCACGGGAAGAGGGCUGCUGGGAAAAUGGGGACCAAACCAUGCGGCAGACCCCAUCGUCACAAGGUGGAAGAUCUCCUCCUCAGGACAGGUAGAGAAACACCCGACCUCAGGUGACCCUGUUCUACAGUUUGUGGCUAUCAAGAGAGGAGACACAGGAGAGUGGGCUAUACCUGGGGGGAUGGUGGAUGUGGGUGAGAAUGUUUCGCUGACGUUAAAGCGUGAGUUUGGUGAGGAAACGAUGAACUCGCUUCUCGCUUCACCUGAGGAGAAGAAGGAAAUAGAGAACAACUUAGCCAAGCUGUUCAGCCAUGGGGAAGAGGUUUAUAAAGGCUACGUGGACGACCCCCGUAACACAGACAACGCCUGGAUGGAGACCGUAGCCGUCAACUUCCAUGACGAAGACGGGAACAGCGUGGCGCGGUUUAACCUCCAGGCCGGCGACGAUGCCAACGCCGUGAAGUGGAUGGACAUCGGCAGCGAGCUUCGACUUUUCGCCAGCCACAAACACUUCCUAAAGAAGGUGGCAAGCAAUAGGAAAGCACACUGGUAGCAGUAGUGUCAGGAAUAUCUGUAAAACACACUCUUUUUACUGUCUUUUUAUGUACCAACUCCAGACUUUUGCUUAAAGAAAAAAACUCAUCUUCAAAAAAUAGCUGCACUUUAGCAUUAAGAAAUACCAUACACUUGUCCAAUUUCUUACUAUUGUACAUACAUGAUGUUGUAUUAGCACUAUGGCAGGUACUAGUACAUUAUGUUAUGAACAAUGUUGCAUGGCAUUUUCAUAACAUAAAGUUUUAAGCUGUAAUGUCUCCUUUGCGUGAUGUUUAGAGCAGUUAAGACUAUCAUAAUAACUACUAUAGUUUCAGAUAUGUAUGAAAUCAGUCCUGUAUCAUUGCUAGCCCUAGUUUGUAGCACUUUUGUGGCAGAGUAUGAAAAUACCUUCUUCUAUAUACAUGUAUCUAUAAGGAAAGAGUUAAGUUAAACAUAACCAGAUGAAGUAUUUUCUGAAAAACAAGAUGUCCAGAAUAGCAUGGAACGGUGUCUUCCCAGAUGUUCAGUUCAGUGGAAGAGCCUUAAGCAAAAAAUGGCAAGCUUAAGUAAGAAGUAUCCACUUCAACUUUACUUGUAACUGUCUUAGUAAGUUGUUUGUACUGUGAGUCUCUACUAUAUGUCAAAGAAUUUCUUUAUCAUUUUUCAAUGCUGUCUUCCUUGCCAAGUGUAAGUUAACUGUUGAACGGGCAAUGACAGAAAAACUGCUGCUGUACAAGGUUAUCUGAAGGAUCGGCAUUACAGCUUGCCAACAGGGGUUUAUAGCAAGUUGUGCAAAUACAGAACGCAAAGGACUUGUGAAUGGGAAACAUAAGAAU